UCUACUGGAAACACUGUAUCAUGAAGAUUGCGCUGGUUCUUGCCCUGGGCAUGCUUGCCCUGGCUGCUGCCCUGCCCACUGACAUCAUUGACAUCGACGAGGACCAUCUGGAACACGAGCAGGACGGUAUACCCGGCCGGGCAGUGGCGGGAGAGUACUCCUGGGUCGCUCCUAAUGGCGAGGAGUACAAGAUUGAGUACAUUGCUGACCAUCUUGGCUACAGAGUACUAGAUGACAAUGUUCUGCCCAAGGCACCUACUGUGGACGAGGAAGCUGAUGAAUAGUACCUAACGAGGUACCUACUGUGGACGAGGAUGCUGAUGAAUAGUACCUUACGAGGUACCUACUGUGGACGAGGAUGCUGAUCAAUAGUACCUAAUGAAGACCUGUACCUGAUGACGGGCACCAGGAGCUGCAACACAACAUCCUAUAA